AUGGGAAGGGAAGGAGACGAAGAAUCUGGUGUAUUCAAUUUAUGGUUCUGGGUUCCAAGCCGCCGUCGUGAGGCAUGCCGGCUCGGCGGCGAUUUAUCUAAAGGAGAGAGAGAUUUAAGUAAUGAAGGCAUAACAAAUGCAAGGCAACAUGAAACAUAUCAAAUAAUCGCAAAAGGACAACAAAGUAGGAGGAAUCAAGAGAACGAUUACCGUUGGAUAGGAGAUUUUUCCGGGAAUAUCUCAAGUAAGGUACAGAGGUGCAUCAAUUUGUUUUGUUCAUCUGGUUUGAUGCAGGUUACGGCAUCGGUGUUUAUUGUUGUUUGCUUCUGUAAUGAUGGACAAAGUUGA